UUCGAAUUGCAAAACCUCUCUAUUCUUGCUCUGUUCCAAGUCCACGCCACUGUUCUCAUUUACGAUGAGUCAACUCGCGGUCCCCAGGAGCGAGUCGACUCACCAGAGGCUCUACGAAUUCGCCAGAACCGGCCUCGUCAAGAUCUUCGCCCCCCCCUACGCCACGGUGUGCGAGUUGUAUUGUGGAGGAGGAUUGGACGCUGACAAGUGGGACGAUGCCCAAAUCGGCCACUACAUGGGAAUCGAUGUUUCGUCAUCUGGAAUAACCCAAAUAAGAGAAGCUUGGCAGAGCCUGAGGAAGGCUUACACUGCUGAGUUCUUUGAGCUUGACCCUUGCUUGGAAAAUAUAGAGAUGCAUUUGCAGGAGAAGACCAAUCAGGCUGAUGUAGUGUGCUGCUUGCAGCAUUUGCAGUUGUGCUUCGAAACUGAAGAGAGAGCAAGGAAACUUCUACAAAAUGUGUCGUUGUUGCUGAAACCGGGGGGUUAUUUUUUUGGUAUUACUCCUGACUCAUCUACAAUAUGGGCAAAGUACCAGAAGAAUGUUGAAGCAUACCACAACAAAAGUAGCAGCAUGAAGCCAAACAUUGUUCCCAAUUGCAUUCGAUCAGAGAGCUACAUGAUCACCUUUGAAGUUGAGGAAGAAAAGUUCCCGUUAUUUGGAAAGAAAUACCAGCUGAAAUUUGCCAGUGAUAUUUCUGCUGAAACCCAUUGCCUGGUUCAUUUUCCAAGUUUCAUCAGGUUGGCAAGAGAAGCUGGUCUUGAGUAUGUCGAAAUGCAAAACUUAACUGAAUUUUAUGAUGACAACAGAGCCCAAUUCGCAGGCAUGCUAUUGAAUUCCGGUCCAAACCUUGUUGAUCUAAGAGGGAGACUGCUUCCUCGAUCGUAUGAUGUGUUAGGUCUUUAUACCACUUUUAUAUUUCAAAAGCCAGAUCCAGAUGUUGCCCCCCCAAUAAUGACCCCUUUAUUGCAGGAGAGUAGUUACAAUCAUGAUGAGAGAGAGUGGCAGGGGAGUGGCUGGAGAGAUGAUGAGAAGAGUGGACACAUAGAGCCACCUGUUUCCCUAGGCAAGAUUAACGACCAGAAAGGAAUUUUGGGUCCCGGCCCGGCGGAUUUACGUUUUUCAGAGGCACUUUGAGCAGAAUGGGUUGAAGACAAGCAAGAGGGAUGUGGAUAGCAAAGGGAAGCAGCAGGAUGUGGUAUUGGGGAGGUCCAUCUCAUUAGUGGGUCAAUUCUAGUUUUGAUUAGAUUCAUUUUUAUGUGUAGGUUGUAUAUUCAAAUUAAAGCUGAAUGAAUGUGAAAUGGGUGGCCUAAUUUCCAUUUUGUUUUCCAUUGAGGAGCUGCAAGUAUUUUAGGCUUGUGGCCAUUUAGUGAAUUCUGGUCUAUUCUCUAUCA